AUCACCACAUCUGUCAUUGUGAUGGGUUUUUUGCUUUAAAGAGAUAUUUUACCGUCUAAUGCAGCCCUCGCAUAAAUUAUGCUCACUCCACUCUCUUUGCCUGCACUCUAUCACGCCUGCCUCCCCACUGCUGGCCCUUUUAGCUGGAUUAGAGCAAGGUGACAAUGUUGGGCCUGCCCCCCUCAGCCAGCCAUGGCUCCUCUGACGCCUCUCACAUCAGCAUAGAUGGGGCAGGGGCUGUGGCAGAGGUGGGAGCUGUGGCCAGAGGGGCUGAAGGAUCAGUGGUUGUCGAGGCCCAACGGACACACACUGCUCUGGAGCAGCUGCAGCAGAAGAUCUUGAAGAUCACUGAGCAGAUUCGCAUAGAACAGGAGGCACGAGAUGACAACGUGGCUGAGUACUUCAAGCUGGCCCACAAUGCCAACAGGCAUCAGGCUUUCCGUAUCAGACAGGUGUUUGAGAAGAAGAACCAGAAGUCUGCACAGACCAUCAUUCACCUGCACAAGAAGCUAGAGCAUUACUGCAAAAAGUUGAAGGAGCUACAGCAGCAUGGUCUAGGCCAGCAGCAUAAGGAUGUGCUGGUGGACAUGCAGCAGGGGCUGAAGGAUGUAGGGGCCAACGUACGAGCAGGGAUCAGUGGCUUUGGUGGAGGUGUGGUGGAGGGGGUCAAAGGAGGGGUGUCAGAACUCACCCAUAUUGCUGUGGUAUCUAAGCCAACAGAGUUUGCCAGCUUGAUCCGCAACAAAUUCGACAGCACAGACACCAUAGAGGACGCUGUAGAGGGGCAUUCAGACGACGCACCCCUGAGUGGCAGCUUCACCUUGGCCUCCAGACCCAAGUACAGCAGUGAUGACGAGUGCUCCAGUGACGGCAGUGAUGACGAGUGCUCCGGGGCCGGGGGACAAGGGGGGAUGUUAGGGCUGGGGCCGGCCAGGCUGGAUGGGCACCACCAUCACAGUUCCUGGGACGCCCAGCUGGUAGGCCUGCAGGAGAUCAAGGCCAGCCAGGCCCACAUGGAGGACGCCAUCGAGGACAUGAAGAGUCAGCUGCAGAGUGACUACUCCUACAUGAACCAGUGCCUGCAGGAGGAGAGAUACAGGUAUGAGCGACUGGAAGAGCAGCUGAAUGAGCUGACAGAGCUGCACCAGAAGGAGAUGUCCAACCUGAAACAUGAGCUGGCCAGCAUGGAGGAGAAAGUGGCCUACCAGUCUGAUGAGAUAACCCAAGACUCUCAGGAGGCGGUGGAGUCGUGCCUGACCCGCAUCACUAAGUUGGAGCUGCAGCAGCAACAGCAGCAGGUGGUGCAGUUGGAGGGUGUGGAGAACGCCAACGCCCGCGCCCUGCUGGGCAAACUCAUCAACAUCAUCCUGGCUGUCAUGGCCGUAGUGCUGGUGUUCGUCUCCACCCCAGCCAACUUCAUCACUCCGCUCAUAAAGAUCCAAGAUCGGGGGGCCUCCACCAUCCUACUGGCUCUUUUUCUGUUCGUCCUUUGGAAGCACUGGGACUUCCUGGUGCUCUAGCUACUGCCAGGCUGAGCCCUCCACAGGCCAACACCUACACGCAUUGUUUAAACUUGACCUACCACCUAUAAGAUAUAAAUAAAUCUUAAUACACAUGUGGCUGAGAAGAUAAGCUUUAAAAAAAAAUACAUAUUUUUCAACACAAAUUGUACCCGCAUUUAAUCCAAAUAUUUUUAAACAAUAUACAGAAUAUAAAAUGUUUUUUUCAUCUCAUUAAAUUGGGAAAAUUACCUCCCCAGUAACAAAUGUAGGCCAAGGAAAGCCUACACUGCUGCCUGCAACAUUAAACCACUCCAGAAUGCCUGACUCAUUAUUCUGAUGUUGCAGGCAGCUAAUCAUUUUUUUGUAAUCAAUUCAAUUCAGCACUUAAUCAGAUCCACGAGGAGCCUAAUGAAUAAUUCAGUGUCGUCCUCUGAGAACCUCCUGGGGUCAAAGACAAACGCUUUUCUGACAGGCAGCUAGCUAGCUGCGUCACACAACCACCACACUGCUGCACACCUCAGCAAGAAUAGAAUCUGAACUUAAUAGUUGCCUACCCUACAGUAGCUUGCUUGAACUUGGAGACUGAGAAAUUAGACUAUAGGCUGCCGCAGUGCAAUAUACUGUAUAUGAUAUCUAGAGGUGGUUGUGGUUUCAACACUAUGGGCUAGUGUGGAACACAGUUGUGUAAAUCUGUUCUUUGAUUGUGGGUGUAAGUUGGGUGUAAAUAAAAAAUCAAUAGGCCUACAAAGCAAGCCUAGGUGGAAUUGGCCUGUCUGACCUACUUUUCUAGGCUACAUGCUCUCCACAGGCAAAUUCUAAUGAAAAUGGCCUGGCUGACAGUCUACCUUUCUAGUUUUUCCCACAGCAUGUGGUCGGUGCAUGCGUAGGAGCAUUGCCAUGGCAAGGCUAUACGCUGUUACAGGCGAGAGCUGCGGUAGUUGUGGGGGUGGUGGUUUAGCUCACAGAUGCAUCACUAUGCAUCUACAUCCUCAUCCAGUGUUGACUCUAACCAUAAGUGUUUAUUCUAUCUCUAAAUUCAUUAAAGGCCCAGUGCACUCAAAAACGUGAUUUUUCUGUGUUUUAUAUACACUGAUGUUGAGUUGCACUCUACAAGGUGUCGAAAGCAUUCCACAGGAAUGCUGGCCUAUGUUGACUCCAAUGCUUCCCACAGUUGUGUCAAAUUGGCUGGAUGUCCUUUGAGUGGCGGAACAUUCUUGAAAAACCCAGCAGCGUUGCAGUUCUUAACACAAACCGGUGCGCCUGGCACUUACUACCAUACCCCGUUCAAAGGCACUUACAUUUUUUGUCUUGCUCAUUCACACUCUGAAUGGCACACAUACACAAUCCAUGUCUCAAUUUUCUCAAGGCUUAAAAAUCCUUUAACCUGUCUCCUCCCCUUCAUCUACACUGAUUGAAGUGGAAUUAACAAGUGACAUCAAUAAGGGAUCAUUGCUUCCACCUGGAAUCCCCUGGUAGUCUAUGUCAUGGAAAUAGUGUUCUUAAUGUUUUGUAUACUCAGUGUAUGUUUCUUCAGUAUGAGGUUGGACUAAUACUGUGAAAUUGUGAACAUUAUGAUAAUGCCCUUUUGGUUUAAGAGCGGUUUGAAAAUAAAUUUCAAUCUGUUUAGGUUGGAUGGAAUUUUGGCCUGCCUGCUGACAUAAUCAAGUAGUAAAUUAGUUAAUAGACCAAUUAGAAAGAUAGUCCCAAACCUCUCUGCCAAUAACAGCUAGUUUUCACUUUUCCACUCCCCACUCAGACCACUCUCAGACAGUCCUAGCAAAAUCCUUGCUUGAGAAAUUGCUCUUUGCUAAGAAGCAAUUUUUGUAUAUUUUUUACCAUUUUAAUUGAAAACAUUCACAGUAAGGUACUUAAUUGUUACCCAGAAAUGAUUUGAUAUUGAGAUGAAAAUGGCUGCAUUGGACCUUUAAAGCAGAGACUUGCGUUUCUAAUGGAGGGGGCUAUGCAGUGCUUUCUCUCUGUUACUCACUGUGUCCUGUUCCUCUCUCUCCCUCUGUCCUCCUCUCUCCCUCCCCUCCAGUCUUCCUGCCUUUCCCACUAAUCCCACUUUCCCCUCCUAUUUUCUCUUUCUUCGCAUCUGUGCUCCCCACUCCUCCCCCCCCUCUCUCUCUCUCUCUCUCUCUCUCUCUCUCUCUCUUUCUCUCCUGCUUCUAUUCUUGCCAGUCUCUCUCUCUUUUUCUUUCUCUCUCUCUCUCACUCUAACACACACUCUCUCUACUGUUCUUCUCCCUCCCUUUCUACCUCUCCCGUUUCUCUCUCCCCCAAGGUUACUUUCAUUCCUAUACAGGCACUGCAGAGGUUUUCCCUUUGUUCUGGAAGGCAUAAGAGAUGAGAGAGAUGAGGAACAAAGACUAAGGGGGGAAAGAGAAGGAAAGGGAGGAGAUGAAGGACAGAGUUAGGUAUAGAGAAGGGAACUAAUGGGAUUAACAGAGGGGUAAAAAUCUAUAUUGUUAUUUGUCACGUAACCAUAUCAGUAUGGUGCACACACAUGCACACCCACACACAUACAAAACAACAACAUACUGGACUUAAUAAGGUAAGGAGGGUGUUAAGAGGAGAGGUGAGUUGGAGUGUAUAGUAGUGGAAGGUGUCGGUAGAGGACAAGUUUACCUGAACACACCAGCAUUCAUUUUCAUUAGCUUCCUAUUGUCACAGCAUUGUAGAGAGGGAGGAAGGGAAAACAUAUUUUUAUUAAAGAAGAGCAGAGUGGCUGCAGUCAGCAGUAAAUACUGUAAGAAUCUGGGACAGAGAUGCUAAAUUUAGGGAUCAGAGAAAGAAGAGGGAGUGGGGUAGCAGGGGAUGAAGAAUGGAGUAGGGUUAUUGUAUGAUAAGUUUUAUGCCGUCUAUAUGGAUCUAUGAUCCCUGUGGUAACUUGUUUCUGCACAGGGUGAACUUUAAAUUACAUUAUGCAAAGGAAUUGUAUUGCCCUCUCAAGAAUUCUGUCUUAUUUACAUUGGUCUCAUCCCCCACACCAGCCUUUAGAUGCUGUAACAUCCUGUGGAGAUUGGGCCUGGGUGGUCAGGUUACUGUAAACUUGGUAUCGUUUGAUUGGUUAAUGGUGGUUGGUUUUGGUUUGAAAAAGUUACAUUUUCAAAUGUUAUAAAUGUAAUGAAAUUAUAACCUUUAUUGAGUCUCUUAACCUGUAGCCUGUCCAUGGAUGAAGGUUGUAUAAUCAAUUCUAAUUUCCUAGGCUUCUAGGCAUUCUCUUUGUUCAUGCUUUGUCUUGUAAGUAAACCUUAGGAUCUAUAUGCCUAGAAUUAUGCUUAGUUAAUGUCAGUAUUGCUUUGUAACUUACGUUUUAUGUCUUGUAUGUGUAUCCAUUCAUUUUACAAAGUUAUUAAAUAAUACUUGCUUUGAUAUUCACUUCCUUGAUAUUAGUCAGCCAUACCCAUAGUACUUGAUUGAACAUGGUUUUACUGUAAUAUUUAAUGGAGUCAGAGGGCAUAGGCCCACCCAUGGCUGCACCCCUGCUCAGCCAUGUGAAAUCCAUAAAUUGGGGGCUAGUUUAUUCAUUUAAAUUGACUGAAUUCCAUUUAUGAACUGUAACUCAGUAAAAUGUUUGAAAUUG